AUGUCUUCUGAAAAUUCUACAAAAGAACAAGGUCAAAAUAGACAUUAUAUAUCAAUUAGUCGAGAUGGAAAAUAUGCAGUCACGUUCGAUGCAGCGACCCUUCAAUUUAAAGUUUUGAAGAAUACCGAUCAUCGCGAAUUUUUUACCUAUAAUAAAAAAGAGGAAGAUGAAAGCUCUGAACAAGAUGAUUCCAAUGAAAUCAAUGAAAACAAUGCCCAUAGUGAAAUAAAUCAUGAAGAUGCCUCCAAGGAGCAAAAGGAAAACAAAUGUUCUGAAAUCAGUGAUACUAUUUCUCAUUUUCGAAUAAAGGAUAAUUUUUUUAUAGAAGUUUUUCACAAUAUCCCUCCGUCAUUCAAGAGUGACGCACGUGUAAUGGACAGAUGGUCGAUCGAUAUAUCCAAUAUAGUAAAGUGUGACGACAAAAACUUUAUAUUUAUAGCAGCAUCUAAAAUAGAAAACAAAUAUAUGAAAAAUACGACGACUGAGAAUAGUACACGAGAUGAGAAUAUUAGAAUGAUUGUAAAAAAUCAUAAUGGGGAAGAAGUUUUUAUUAAUAUUUAUCCGGAAACUAUAACAGAUCUUGGAACCGCUAUUUAUUGUCUUAAACUUAACGAUGGCGCAGAAAAUUCUUACAAUAAACUUGAAAUUAUUCAAUAUAAUUACAAUAGAUUAUCAGGAAUUUGUAGAUUUGUAGAAGAUAUCGAUGAGGAUCAAGAGGGAAAGCAAGAUUUUGAAAAUUAUGAUUGCAUGGACCAACUCCUUUCACACAUUUAUAAAAAAUAUUUUGUAUAUGAAGAUGACGACAAAAAAGUUCUUGAAGUGUAUGAUUUAGGAGAAAUGAAAUUGGAAACUAGUAUAAAGAUUCGUGAUGACGAUCAAAAAAAUAAUGAAAAGUGCUUAAAAGUUUACUCGAUCGAUAAACAAAAAUUACAAUUUUGUAUUGCUACAGGAUCUCAAUCUAUUGGGAUAUUCCUUAUGGAACACGGAUCGAGAAUCGCAUCCAAAUCAUUUGAAAAAUUCAACAUACGUAAAAUCCAUUUAAUUGAAUUCAUCAACAGCGAUGAGAAAUUAUUUUUGAUUGUCAGUGAUUCUACAAAUGAUCUAAAAUUUAUCAUUUGGGAUAUAUAUGAUACUGAUAAGGUUGAGAUAAUAACAUUAGAAGAUAUUACGGCACAAAAUCUUAGUACUUGCUUUGCAAAUUCCUCUGGAAAUAUUUUACAUGUCAAUAAUGAAGGGAAAGUUAUCUUAAUUAGUAAGAUGGUUGCUGACAAAAAUAUUGAAAAAAAUUUAGAAAAUUUAGAUUUGGAAGAAUUUAUUAAAGAAACAAUAUCAAUUAUAAAAUUAGAUAAACAAAAUCAUAAUAUAUACUUUUAUGCAAAGGAAAAGGAAAGAUAUAAACAUGAAUUCGAGCCGGCGGUUAGUGUACCAGAACCAUGGAUAACAAAAAGUUACGAAAAGAUUUCUUAUUACUUUUGUAAUAAUUCAAUACCUUUACAACUUAUAGUUGGUAGAUCUACUAUUCAAAUCUGGAAUAGAUUCAAUGAUGAAACAAAGCUUCCCAAUGAAAGAAGGCCGUUUCUUGAAUUUAUUUGGACGAAUGGAAUUCCAUAUAAUCAAGAAAAUGAAGAACAUAAAUUACAUAUAGAAAGUGUUCAAUUUGGCUUGAAUAAUUUUCGCUUGGAGGUUUAUUGGUAUGAAAAUAAAUGGAAUGAAGGAGAGAGUAUUUACGAAGAAAGUUCAAUGAAUAAGGAAAAAUUAACUGAGAAAAAAAUGACGCAAAAAAUGGAAAAUAUGGAAAAAAUAGAUGGAAUGAUAAUCAAGAAAAAAAUAAUUGAAUGGAGUGAUAUUAAUGAAAGAUUGAAUGGAAUAAGAUAUGCAUGUGAGGCAUUAGAAUUCCUUAACGUGCGCGCAAAAUCUUUAACAAGUUAUGAUAAAAUACCUAAACAUAAUGAAAUGGUCAAGUAUAUUAAUCAUAUAAUCUCGAGAUUUGCUGCAAAACGACCACAACGAUAUAGAUUACUAGCAAUUCGCUAUCAUGUUAUGAAGAAUUUGAUUUUUGGUGAUUGUAAUUAUUUAAUUCAUUACCUUUUAUUUGGAUCCGGCAAGUAUCUUUAUGUACCAAAAUGUAAAUUUUGGAAUGAGAAACGCAAAUAUAUUAUAAUAGAUAAAAAAAAUCCCGUGAAUAUAAAAAUUGAUAUCGAAAAUCGCAACGGAUUAAAAAAUCCAAGAUCGUGUAUGAAUUUCGCAAACUUUAAUUGCAGAGGUCGGAAAGAACUUGAAUAUCCAACGACAGACGUGAAUUUAGCAAUUUAUUAUUGCAGAAAUCAUAAACCAAAAGAUACAAUUAUUGUUGCAUAUGUUUUGCAAUAUUAUUUAUUAUUUGCAGAUGAUUUUGUAAAUUUGCUAAAAACGGUUUCCGAUGCAUAUUUUUUAUUGAAUAUAUUAAGAUAUGAAGAGUAUACCAAAAUGCUAAAAAAUGAAUGGCACACAUUUGAGAAGAACUUCUCAAAAAAUCCAAAUGAUAGUAAAACUCCAUUAGAAAUGUUAGAACUUUUAAUAUCCAAAUUAAAAUCACCCAUGGAUGACUUGAAGAAUUCCAGGUUUACCAAAUUUCAACGACGAAAAAAUAAUUAUAUAUUGCUUAAAAAUAUUUUCUUGUUUAUAUUUAUACCACGAUGGUAUAAAACUCUUCAAGACCAAUCAAAAAUAAUUCCAUAUGAAGAUAUUGAUGAUAUGUUUGAUCUCCCAAUAAUUAAAGAAUCUAUUAAUCAUCGUUGGCCAAGUAAAAAAUAUCUUAGGAUAGUAUUUAAUUGGUUUGAUCUACUUUCAAUCGCAAUGCCUGCGAUAGUAAUGACAAAAUUGCUUAUUUAUACGUUCAAAUCUUCUAACGGUUUUGGAAGUGUUGAAGCAAUAGACUCUCAAUUAAUUGUGGAAAUAUCUUGGUCAACUUUUAUAAUUUGGAUUGAAAUUGUUCUUAAUAUCCGUUUUAUACCAAGUAAUGCAAAAUAUAAUAAAUCUUUAAGAGCUGGGUUUAUUUUAUUAAAAAAUCCAACAAUUAAAGCAAGAGAUUCAACAUUAAGUGGAAAUGCUACAAAUCUAUCGACAAACGAAAUACUUGAAAUUAAACUUAAAUCCGAUUUUGAACCCAAUGAUUCAAAUGAUAAUCCAUAUUCCACAUUUUCCACUUCAUUGUUUGCUACAUAUUUUUGGAAUAAUGGUGAUUUUGUUCAAAGGGAACUUUUUGAUUUUUGGUCUAUUGAAAUAUUUUCUAUAAUUGCUAGCAUUUUUCUAGUAAUAAUUUUGCAAAAUAUGCUGAUUGCUAUUAUGAGUAAUGUUUAUAAAAGUGCAGCCGCCAAAAGUAAUCAAGCCGUAUUAAAAUACAAAGCAAUGAUUAUAUCUGAUUAUUAUGAUUUGAAACAUCGCUUUGAUUUUUGGUAUCAAGAUCCGGAAUAUGUUCCUUCUAAAAAGCGUAUUAGAAAUUUUUACAAUGACAUUUAUCUUGAUAAUCAUAUUUCAGAGUUUGCUAAAGAACUAGAUUACGAUCAUAAUUCAAUUUGGAAAUUUGACAAAUUUGACAAUGAGGAAUAA